CUAUGGAGUACAGUAAUAAAGAUGUCAUUAAUAACUCAGGAAAAGAAACAAAAAGUGAUGUUAUGGAAGAAGAUGAUUCAAAACCACAAUUAUAUCAACUUACAACAGUGUCAGAGGUACUCAUGGUUACUGAAAAUCCUACACCAACCAGAACAUUGCAAACAAAAACUGAAUUAGAAAUGGACCACACUUAUAAAGAAUACGAAACAGAAAGUAAUGUCACAGAGACAGAUAUUUCAAAACCAGAGUCACCAAAACAGACAACAGUGUCAGAGGUACCCAUGGCAAAUGAAAUUCCUACACCAACCGAAACUUCUGAAAGGGACACAAAAUCUCCUAAAUCAACAAAUCGUCAUUGGUCAAAAGCUCAUACAAUUUCUGCUGUGCAUCCUGCUCCAUUGAAAGGAGGAGGAGGAGGAAAUGAUUCUCAGAAUAAUGAAGAUGCUGAGUUUUCUAUACCAGAAAGUUCACAUCAUGGCGCAGAAUGGUCUAAAGUACAAGGCAUAGCAGCUGUAGCACCAGCUCUUGAUAAACACAGGUUAAAGGUUGGAGACCAAAGAAAAAUAUUUAAAAAGGUUACAGUAAGCCAGGCUGUGAAGGAAGGCUUAACAAAAGAACUAGAAAGUUUACUGCAGGAAAACCCAGAAAAGGGAACAGAAACAGAUAGUCAUGGCUUUAAACCUAUACAUUAUGCCUCACGAUUAAAUCAAGCAAAGAUUAUUGAAGUUCUUCUUAAAUACAAUGCAGACAAGAAUGGUAAAGGACCUUAUGGUGUUGCUCCCCUUCAUAUGGCUGCCAGGAAUAAUUGUGUGGAGGCUGUUAAAAUGUUGAUCCAGCAAGGUGCCAGUGUGGAUGUCAGAGAAGCUAAACAGAAAACUCCCCUUCAUGUGGCAGCAAGACGUGGUAAUAUUCCUGUUAUAAAGGUGUUGCUAGACUCUGGUAAAUGUAAUGUUAAUGCUGUUGAUGAGGACAAACAAACUGCCUUACAUGAAGCAACAGCACAUAAACAAGAAAAAACAGUACAGUUUCUGGUGCAGAAUGGAGCCAACAUAUUUGCUACAGACAUCAAUGACUUCACUCCAUUCUUCCUGUCAGCAGCAGAAGACAUGAAGGAUACAAUGUCUUAUUAUCUAAAGACAGCUUUGCAGCAAGGGGGGACAGAAUCAGAGGAGAACUUACUACGUCAUGAAGAUAAAGAGGGGAAUACAGCACUACAUCUAGCUGUUACCAAUAACAAACUACAGGUUGCACAAAGUCUGUUGGAGAGAGGUUCAAAUGUAAAUAGUUUGAAUAAUUGUAACCAAACUCCUCUAUCUAUAGCUGCAAAUAAUGGUGAUAUACAGAUGGUUGAAUUGUUGCUGAAAUAUAAAGCUGAUGUUAAUGUUUUAGACAAAGACUUGAUGACUCCUUGUCAUAGGGCUGCUUUACAUAACAGACAUAAAAUCAUUGAUGUUCUAAUGGGACAGGGAGCUGACAUUAACAGUACAGCUAUUGACCAGUAUACACCAUUGUUAAUGGCCAGUAGUAAAGGACACCUUGAGACCAUACAGCUGUUAAUAUCAAAUGGAGCACAAAUAGCUGAGACAGAAAUUAAUAACAAAACUGUAUUGCAUCUAGCUGUAGAAUCUGGGCAUAUAUCUGUAAUAGAGGCACUGUUGAAAGAGAAAGGUUGUUUUAACCUGAUAGAAGCCAUUGACCUGAACGAUCAGACCAUUUUGCAUUAUGCUGCAAGGAAUGGCAAUACAACGGUUCUGAAUACAUUAAUUAAACACAACCUAAUGGUAGACAGUCGAGAUAUUGAUGGGAAAACACCUCUCCAUGUAGCAGCUGAGAAUGACAAUGAUAAUGCUAUAGAGAUUCUGUAUAAUGCCAGUCAGACAGAGUUGAAUGAUGGGGAUGAUGAUGGAAGGACCCCACUGAUGUUAGCUUGUCAAACAGGACACUAUAAAUCAGUUAAAACACUCCUUACUUUGGGAGCUGACAUCUCUGCAAGAGAUGAAGACUCUUGUACAGGAUUGAUACUUGCUGCCAGACAUGGAUAUGCUAACAUAGUCAAAGUACUUCUAGAUAAUUAUGCAGAGGUUAACCAGAUUGAUAAGAUAAAGAACACAGCUUUACAUGUAGCAUGUGAACAUGGUCAUGUGGACUGUAUAAGGAUAUUAUUACGUUACCAUGCUGAUGUGACUCAGAAGAACUCAUAUGGUUGUACACCACUAGGUAUGGCUGUAGACAGUAAUGAGUCAGAGGCUGCUGUUGCUUUAUUGAGUCAUUCCAGUUGGAGAGACAGCAUGAAUGUAAGAAACUCUGAAGGAUUUACUCCAAUGAAGAGGCUUAUACAGAGAUGUCCUGAAGCUGCUUUGGUAGUUUUAGACAACUGUGUUGAAUACUCUAAAAGAAAGAAAGAUGAUCCAAAUUUUAUGGUGACCUUUGAUUAUACCUACAUAGACCCUGGAGUAGAUGACAUGAUGUCUAAGAAAUCCAGGUUUUUUGCACCAAAGGCAAUGGCUCGGUAUAAAAGAGAAAGUUUGUUGUCACAUAUACUUGUGCAAAGUAACUUGAUGCACAAAUGGCUUGAAAGAGGUUAUUUAUAUUUCUAUAUUAAUUUCCUGGUAUUUUUUGCAUUUCUCUGCUGCCUACAGUUUUUCUCAAUUAUGAUGCCAAAAAUAACUACCAAUGUCCUUGAUAAUGUUAGACAGUGUCCUCUUCUACUAAACGACACACUGUUAGCAAAUCCUGCUAUUGUAGCUAUACACAAAGAGCUUGGUUUAUAUUCUAAAAUGGAAAUACCCAAGACAGAAAUGGUUGCCCUGAAAGCUUGUGUAUUUUUUAUGGUUAUUAUUCUGAUGUUGAACCAGAUAACUAUGUGCUUCACAACUGGAUGGAAAUACUUUACAGCUUUAGAUAAUUGGUUAUCAUGGACUACGAUUAUAGCUACUUUAGUAUUUUUACUACCAUUUAAUAAUCUACCUUGUUUGAAUAAUUGGAGAGCAGGGUGGAUGGCUGCUGCCUUAGGAUGGUUAAUGUUGAUGAACAUUCUUAGAGGCUUCAGUUCUAUUGGAAUAUACUUUAUCAUGUUUAGUGAAGUAAUAAUAACACUUUUGAAGGUUGUUUUGAUACUGUGUAUAUUCCUGAUGGCUUUUUCUUCAGCCUUCCACAUAACACUUGCAAAUACACCAGGGUUUAAAGAUCGUGAUGCGUAUCCUCUUUCUACAUUGUCUAUGAUGUUAGGAGAAUUUAACUAUAUAGAUACCUUCACAACAGGAGCAAAUGAUCCAUUUGCUAUAGAUGGUUACUGCAUUAUGUUUCUAUUCUUCCUUGUGAUGCCACUUGCAUUGAUGAAUUUUCUUACUGGUAUAGCUGUAGGUGACAUUGAAACAGUAAGAGCUGGUGCAUACAUAUCCAAAAUUUCAAUUUUUAUUGACAAAAGCUAUCUAAUGGAAAUUAGAUUUCCUAGAUCAGUACAGAGAAAAUGGCAGAAGUUAAAACAUACUGUAUAUCCAAACAAGCCAGAAAGUACAGUAUGGAAAAAGGUAAAAAAAGUGCUGGUUGGGAGUGAAGAAGAACUGGUUAAAAGAUAUUUAGAUACAGGGAAGGCUGAUGGUGUUGAUGAAACAGAUGAAUUAAAGACAUUAAUAAAAAAGCAAAGUUCACAGAUAACAAAGUUACAUGAUUUACAGAAACAACAGCAAGAUCUUAUAAAACAAAUGGCAGAUCAUUUACAUAUGGAUUAUAAACUGGACAGUUUCUCCGUAGCUGAAUCAGAAAUGACCACUAGAGCUGGACACUAGUUGGAAUCAGAAUAGGUCAUCAGGAAUAACCACUAAAGCUAGACACUUAUGGAACACAAAGAACAGAUAAUCUGAACUGACCACUAAAGCUGGACAUUAGUGAAACAGCAGACAUUUGAUUAGUAGAUUAAAAUUAAAGAUUACAAAUACACAGUGCUGGUCACUUACAAAGUUCACUGGUUUUGUAUAAACACUAGUUAUUAAAGGAUGGACACAGUACUCUCAAUCAAUGACUAUUUUAACAUGGAUAAUAAAUUUGUU